CGUCUCUUCUGACCAGAACCAGCAAUCUUCCCAGGACCAGAAGGAACAUGGAAGGUACUUUUCUUCCUCUUCCGUCUACGGAUCAAAGUUUGCAGAUGCCGCCAUCAACCCCUUUGAGAUGGCUGAGGACGAGUUGCCUGCUGACUCCGCCUACCGCUUCGUUCACGACGAACUCGCUCUCGACGGAAACCCCUUCCUCAACCUCGCUUCCUUCGUCACCACCUACAUGGAGCCUCAAGCCGAGAAACUCAUGCUCGAGAACUUGAACAAGAACUUUAUCGAUUUCGAGGAGUACCCUGCUACCGCCGAAAUCGAAUCCCGUUGCGUAAACAUGUUGGCACGCCUCUUCAAUGCUCCGAUUAAGGACAAUAACUCUGGCGAGGCUGUUGGUGUUUCGACGAUUGGAUCUAGUGAGGCUGUCAUGCUUGCUGUUCUCGCCGCGAAGCGUAGGUGGCAACACAAGCGUCGUGCGGAGGGAAAGUCGACGGAGCAUCCUAAUAUCGUCAUGUCCUCUGCCGUCCAGGUCGUCUGGGAGAAGGCUGCUCGUUACCUCGAGGUGGAGGAGAAGUACCAAAAUGUCACUGAGACUCGUUUCGUUCUUGACCCCAAGGAGACUGUUGACGCCGUCGACGAGAACACGAUCUUGAUCUGUGCCAUUUUGGGAUCUACCUACACCGGACACUACGAGGACGUCGCCGAGAUCGACCGUCUCUUGGGCGAGAAGAACAAGAAGGAGGGCCUUGACGUCGGAAUCCACGUCGAUGCCGCCUCCGGUGGUUUCGUCGCUCCUUUCGUCAACCCCGACUUGAAGUGGGACUUCCGUCUCCCCAACGUCAUCUCUAUCAACGCUUCCGGUCACAAGUACGGUCUCGCCUACCCCGGUGUCGGAUGGGCCCUUUGGCGUUCCAAGGAGUACUUGCCCGAGGACAUCCUUUUUACCAUCAACUACCUCGGAUCCCCUCAGGUCUCCUUCACCCUCAACUUCUCCAAGUCGGCAGUCCAGGUCAUCGCGCAGUACUACCAGUUCUUGCGCCUGGGAAAGAACGGAUACAGGGCUAUCAUGCAGAACCUCACCGAUGACGCUGACUACUUUGCCAACACACUCGAAGAGACUGGUCGCUUUACCAUCCUCUCCGAACGCUCCGGAAAGGGCCUUCCUUUGGUCGCCUUCAAGCUCAAGGAACAAACCCACUACGACGAAUUCGACAUCGCCUCCCACCUCCGCUCCCACGGCGGCUGGAUCGUCCCCGCUUACACCAUGGCUCCCUCCGCCAACAACAUGAAACUCCUCCGCGUCGUGUUCCGUGAGGACUUCACGCGCCACCGCGUUGACCUCUUGUUCCGUGAUUUGAAGAUGGUGUUGGAGACGCUCGACAAGACGCCCAAGGAGGUUGUGCAGCAUAUGACUGAGACGCAGAAGCAGGGAAGGCAUGCGAGGAAGGGGAGGGAUGGGAAGAGGGUGCACAGUCAUGAUAAGCAUAGUUUGCAGGGGAAGACGGGAAAGACCCACGGAAUUUGCUAA